CCAUGACUCGCCGCAGCCUCGUAUUGUAGCCCCGAACUUGUCAGUCAGUCUCUUCUCAUUGAAAAGAAAACCAUGUCGGCACUAAUCUCAAUCAAGAUCGCCAGAUCCCUUGCAUUAUAGCAACGUCUAGCUGGCAGCAUGACAUCGGUGGGAGCAUGCUGGCUACUCAAGAGUCUUGCGCGAGGCGCAACCACUAGACUCUGCCGUCCGCAGAGUUCGCGGUCUUAUGUCCUGCGACGACAUCAACAUACGGCCUCGGGAGAAAGCCGCCUUCCGCGUAUCGCACAGCCUUCGAUCUGGCACUCCAUCAUUCCACGUCCCCUGCGCGGCCGAUCUGCAUCUGCAGAAGGAAAGAAGAAGCCAACCAACCCUGCGACGUACUUUCUGUGGAUAUAUCUCUUGAUCGGUUCUCAGGCUAUUCGGAUUAUGGGUAUCCAGAAUGAUUUCACGACUUUUAUGCGUAGAGCAGACCUCAAGAUCGAGGCAUUGAGACAGGUUGUCGAGAAGCUUCAGCGAGGAGAGGAGGUCGACGUGGAAAAGGUUCUUGGAACUGGAGACGAGGUCCAAGAGCAGGAAUGGGAGGAAGCGUUGAGAGAAUUGCAAGAGGAGGAUAGAGUAUGGCAGGCCAAUGCGAGAAAGAGGCGCGAAGAGCAAGAACGUCUAGCAAGAGAAGAACAAGAUGCCAAUCCAGUCAACGAGUCUCUCGACAAGGCACAAGGAAACAAUGCAACACAUUUGGCCCCACAACCUGUGAGGCGUUCGAGACCGGCAUUCUACUGAAGUUUUACAACUCGACUACAUGUUGCUCUGAAAGAGACCUCGGACAUGGCCUUGAGACGCCAGUACAUCAUCAGGCAUUCUUCAGAACACAGUCGAGCGAUGGAACAUAUAUGUGUGCAACUUUGUUAACUCAACCAUGAAGACCAUCCGUUGAUUGCACCCACACUACCGUCGAAAAAAUGUCCAAGUUAAUGCGUGCAAGUCGCCAACCCAGGGUAUCACACUUGGACACUUUUUCGCCGA